UCUGCCAGUUGAACAACAACAACCAGAAGGAUUAUAAUUACAGACAGGUCCGCAUGGUAAUUCGACUUUGAAUCCGUGCACGUGCUCUUUUCUUUCCUAUUACCUUUGUGUGUGCGCGCGCUCUGCGUUUCUCUCUAAACAGGUUUGACCAGGACACACCUGUGACAGGAGAGGAAAAAGGAAGUAUUGUUGGGCGCGUCGAAAGUAUUCUUCAGUCAGCCUGUGACCUUUGUGGAGGACGGACAGAAAACCAACAAAAGAAGCUCGUUUUAAAAGUUUUUCUCUUUAAUUCACCAUGAAGAUUUGGAUUCUUGUUUUUGCUACCCUCGCGGUGGGAUAUGCUCAACAGUGUGCUCCAUGUAGGACAAUGAAGUGGGCCACCUGUGAUGGAAAUUCAUGUCCAUGUUUCGUUUGGGUUAACGAGGGCUUGGAUGGAAAAAGAAAGCAAAACAUUGACUGCACCCAAUUGGUCCCCAAGUGCUACUUGAUGCAGGCUGAGAUGUACAGAGCCAAGCGCAACAUGAGCACCCGCAGUAUCGGCGAUAAGCCCCACGAGACCGCCUUUGUGGACAACGACGGGAUCUACGACCCUGUCUGUGAGAACGACGGCAAAUUUAGAGCCAAGCAGUGCAACAACACCAAAGAGUGUUGGUGCGUCAACAGCGCUGGCGUCCGCCGCACGGACAAGGGAGACGAGAGCCUGAAGUGUGAUGAGCUGGUGGAGACAUACUGGGUCAGUCUUCGACUGAAACAUAAACCACUAAGCAGUGGCGUUACAUUGGAUAAAAAUCAACUAAAAACUGCCAUCGGUGAUGCCAUUAAGAGUCGUUACAACUUCAACAGCAGCCUGGUGAAGGAAAUUCAGUAUGACCCUGAUGCCCGCUUGAUUGUAGUUGAUGUGAUGAAGCCAAUCGGAGACCGCACAACUCAUCUGGACCGUAUGGCCUACUACAUGGAGAAAGAUGUGAAGAUACUUCCCCUGUUCCUUGACCAGGCCAAGUUUUCGCCAUCGGUGGGCAGCACACAGCUAGACAUGGAGGACAUCCUGGUGUACUAUGUUGACGAGAAGGCUCCAACGUUCACCAUGAAGAACCUGUCGGGCGGGAUCGUGGCUGUCAUCGUGGUGGUGGUUCUGCUUGUGGUCGCCGGCCUGGUGAUCCUGCUCGUUCUAAAGAAAAGGCGUGAGAAAUACAAUAAGGCUCAGCAAAACGACCAGUAAAGCUGCAAAAGUCCGAGGAGCCAACUUCUAAAACUUUUCUGAGGGAUUGUGCUUUUUUUUUUUUUUCCUUUUUUGUCUUUUUGAGGAAUGACUUUUAGAAAAAUGGGUUUUUUUCACAUUUGUUGGUACUGCUCAGUCCAACUUUCUUUUUUUUUUUAUUUAUAAAUUGUGUAAAGUCUUGCAGCAACAACAAAUCUAUACGCCAUACAGAACUGCUCUUUAAGUGUCGUACAAAAUGCAUUUUAAUAACUUGUGCUAUAGCUUAAAUCCCGUCAUAGAUUGUACAUACAGUUUCUUAAUGUGUUUGGAUUGUUUUUAAUAAAAAUGUUUUAAAUAA